AUGGACAUAACUUCAACCCUAACACCAACACCAACCUCAUCAACAGCACUAACACCAACACCACUACCAACCAUUUUAACAACAUCUACAACAACCUUAACAAAAUCACCAGAUAAUGAAACCGAAACACCCACCAAAAUCACCACUCCCACUACCACAACAACAAAGAUAUCUUCUUUCUCCAACGGUGUUCUCAAACGCCUCCACAACCACCACCAUAACCACCACAACAACAACCUUGUCACGGUUACUUACAAAGAAUGUCUCAAGAACCACGCGGCAAACUUAGGUGGUCACGCCCUCGACGGCUGCGGCGAAUUCAUGACAUCUCCCACCGCGACAUCAGCCGACCCAACAUCCUUAAAAUGCGCUGCGUGCGGCUGUCACCGAAACUUCCACCGCCGUGAACCUGAAGAGCCACCACUCUCCACCACAACCCAUGUAAUCGAAUAUCAACCUCACCACCGUCAUCAACCUCUCCCACCGCCACCGUUCUCUACCCGCAGCCCGAAUUCCUCCUCCCCACCUCCGAUCUCCUCGACUUACUACCCCUCCGCCCCUCACAUGCUCCUCGCCCUCUCCACCGCGUUACCGGAAAACGUCUCCGCUCCUAACUCCGCCAUGAUCUCUCCCGGCUCCCACACCAGAAAACGCUUCCGAACAAAAUUCACUCAAGAUCAGAAAGAAAAGAUGCUGAAAUUCGCUGAGAAAGUUGGUUGGAAGAUGCAGAAAAAAGACGAAGAUUAUAUCCAUGAAUUCUGUAACGAAAUCUGCGUCGAUCGAAGUGUUCUCAAGGUUUGGAUGCAUAACAACAAGAACACUUUCGCCAAACGCGACAACAACGACAACCUCAACAACAACCUUAACAACAUCAACAGUGAGAUAAACGUCGGUGUCAAGAGUUUCAUGCCGCUUGAGAAUGAAGAACAAAACAUCAAUAAAGGUGAAACAAAACUUGAGAUUCAUACUCAUAAUCAUAAUCAUCACUACCAGAAUGAUGUUGGAUCAGUGACUGUUCGUGCUAACGGUUCAUCUUCUUGA